CUUGUCAUAACCAGAGAUCGACACAUACCUGGUAUCCAUUAAUUCACCGACGACGUAACCAUUCCCACCUUACCUUGCUUUACUCGCCUGCUGCCUUCGACAUCCCACUCCGCGAGCCGAAUCCCGUAAGACCGUAGUCUUCACCAGAUCGAGGCCAUGGCUCCUCCUCAAUCCGAAAAGAGUCAAUUGAAACGAACUAGAGGUUCUCUGCCAGAAAACGAACUGGAUGCGAAGAAGCCCCGCCGCUCCGACAGGCAAUCACCGGAACCCGAGCACAAGACGCCAGUCUCUAAGAAGCACCAGCUUCCCUCGCCAGUCACAAGGUCUGGCGACUCGGAUGAGGUCUAUAAGGAGCCCACCGCCACACCCCCGGAAGGACGCCCCAGCCAGGUGAACCACCACGAUAAGGAGGACGCGUCGCAAGUCGUUAAUAACAUCUCCUCACCGCCGCAGGAGGCUACCCAGGCCUUCUCGCAGUAUGCCCACGAGACCAAGGAGGCCCUCUCGGACGAGGUCGAGGACGAGGUGAGGGAGGGCGUAUGGGGAUACUUGUUCCCGCUCGAUACCAAAUAUGGCAAAGUCGUCGUCAUGAAGAGGCGAACUGCUUGCCCCUUGCCAGAUGCUCUCGAGGCGAAAGAGUCAGCGAAUAAGGGUCAGAAGGGGAAGUCGUCCCUGCAAAAGGAAGAAGAGGCAUACGAGCGCACUAAGAUCAAGGGAGUUGCCUCGGGCGGAUACUUGAUUGGCCGUCAUCCCGAGUGCGACAUCGUCGUGGACGAUCCCAUCAUUUCCAACAGGCAUUGCCUAAUCUUCACGGAGAACAAGGGCGGUGACACUGUCGCGAUUUUGGAGGACUUGUCAAGCAACGGAACUUUCGUCAACGAAGCUAUCGUGGGCCGAAACAAGCGGAGAGAGCUCCAGGAGCAAGACGAAAUUGCCGUCAUCGACAAGGCUCGUUUCAUCUUCCGGUACCCCAAGAGUCGGCAAUCUAGUGCAUUUCUGAGCCAGUACACUCUGCUCGAGAAGCUGGGCAAGGGUCACUUUGCUGAAGUGUUUUUGUGUGUCGAAAAAUCUACUGGCCAAAGGUACGCCGUAAAGAUCUUCACCAAAACGCCCGGCAUGGAGGAGAGAUCGAAGCAGGAGGGCUUGCAGCAGGAGAUUGCUGUUCUCAUGGGCGUCAGUCAUCCCAACGUCCUCUGCCUGAAGGACACGUUCAAUGAACGUAACGCCGUUUAUCUGGUCCUCGAGCUGGCUCCCGAAGGCGAGCUGUUCAACUUCAUCGUCAUGAGGCAGAAGGUGAGCGAGGACGAGACGCGCAAGCUCUUCAAGCAGCUUUUUCAGGGCAUCAAAUAUCUGCACGAUCGCAACAUCGUUCACAGAGAUAUCAAACCUGAGAACAUUUUGAUGGUCGACAAGGAACUCAAUGUCAAGCUGGCUGAUUUCGGCUUGGCAAAGAUUAUUGGUGAAGAGUCCUUCACGACCACACUGUGCGGCACGCCGAGUUACGUGGCGCCGGAGAUCCUCGCCGAGGGCAGACACAGAAAGUACACCAAAGCAGUAGACAUUUGGUCAUUGGGUGUUGUGCUAUACAUCUGCUUGUGUGGCUUCCCGCCCUUCUCGGACGAGCUCUAUUCUAAGGACUUCCCUUUCACGCUGUCGCAACAGAUCAAAAGCGGUCGGUUCGACUAUCCCUCGCCCUACUGGGAUUCUGUUGGCGACCCUGCCCUUGACCUGAUUGAUUCUAUGCUUGUCGUCGACCCCGAACGUCGGUUCACUGUGGACCAAUGUCUCAGCCACCCGUGGAUGACUCAGAAUCAGCCUGGUGUCAACGAUAGCACUGAUGGCCUCGUUGGCGGCAUUCAAGGCUUGGACGUUAAACGACGAGGCAUGGCCAGAGAACGUACGCUCUUGAGUUCAUUGAACUCGGUCCAAGUGGCUACCAGAGCGCCUGUUGGAGACAGCAAGAAGCCCGUCAACAUUUAUGCUAAGAACACGAAAAAGAUGACGCCGAAGGAGGUUGACCCCACUUCGCAGAGGGCCGUGGGUGAGUUCGUCGAGAUGGGCGGCAAGGGCGACGAGGCACUCUUUGGGGCUGAUGGGGAGAGCAUAUACUCGAAGAACGACAUCGCCAGUGCCGAGAACGGUGGGAAGUAAUGCUGUGUAUAAUUUCUUGUCGGUUCGUUUUUUGUGGGAGCAUGGGUUACGAGGUGCGUCUGAGGACCGCAUCGGCGAUGUUUUGGGUUUCUUGGCUUUCCUGGUGCCA